CUUGUGUUGACAUCUGCCGGUAGCGUACUCACACACUGACUGUUGGAUUUGUACGUGGCGCUUUAGGAAGCAGUUGAAGCAUCAUUUCGUCCCAAGUGUCUCAUUCACUCUCCCACGAACGCAGUCAGCCUCUUCACAGCAGGUUCCAGGAGAACCAUAGAUCCAGAAGAACCUAGAUCCAGGACACCAGGUGUGUGGGGAGGGAAACAGACACAAUGUCUCCUCCUCGACUCACAGGAGCACUUCGGUCCUUCUCCAGUGUCAGCAAGAAGGAGGACUUCAGCGAACAGCUCUAUGAUCUAAAGGCCAAGCGUCUGAAGAGACAGGAGCUGUUUGCCAGAGAGGGCCUGACGUGGCAGAAGAUUGUCCAUUUCUGCACCGAGCAUCAGGACAAAAGUCAGCAGCAAGCUGCCAGUCAGGAGCUGAAGAGCCUGCUCCUGGCAGCCAAACAGAUGGUGGCUUCUGAACUCGGUCAGGCGGUGGGUGAAAGCGCAGCCGUGUUCCUGUUUGAAACCUUCCACAACAAAGACCACGUUGGUACAGAGGAGACUCGGGCCAUCAAACACAUGUUCGGUCCCUUUCCAUCAUCGGCAGCUGAAGCGUCCUGCGCCUCUGUGGGUCGGCUGGUGGCUUUGCUCGGUGACUCCCGAGUCGAAGACUUUAUCCAGAGCCAACGCUCCUGCCGCAACCUGGACCGAAGCGCCGCUUUUGGGCGCAACAUUGCUUUCUCACAUGACGGUUACACACUCGACCCACUGGAGGGGCUGCCCUUCUCCGGUAUCCAGGAAGAGAGUGCCAGCUUGGAUUUCAUCAACUUUUUCAACAACCAAAAGAGCGGCAAGACGGGCAUCAGUGAAGAGGCUCCGUCCAGUACAGAAAGCCCCCUGACCCCGGGGGAUGGCUCCAUCCUUAGAACAGAAGUAGAUAAAUAUCUGUGUGGAGGCAACAUGAUGUCAUCCAACCCAGAGGAGCUGUGCACGUCUCUGUUUGAAAUGCUGGCCUCACACAGGAGCAACGAUGAGCUGCAGAACGAGCUGUUUGAGCUGCUCGGCCCAGAGGGGCUGGACAUGAUCUCAACCCUUCUGCAGCGAAGGGCGGCCAUUGUUGACUCCCUCCUCCGCAUCCAACCUGACAGGACUGUCUAUCCAUCAGAUCUCAGCCUCAAGGUCAGCGCUGAAGUGACCAAGCCCACCUACGGGUGCCAGGUGACCAUCCAAUCAGAGCAGGAGAAACAAAUGCUAAAGAUGUAUCGAAGGGAGGAGAAGAAAGAGAGGAAGAGAUUCAAAGGAGGCGAUGAGGGUGACUCUACGGAUGCUCUCCUGACCUUUGACCCCAGAGAGAUGAGAGCCCAGCGAGAGCAGGCCCUGCUGACUGCCCGCCACGAACCUGUGCUGAGCAGAGACAGGGUCUACGAGCGGAUCCGAUAUCCCAACGUCUACGACAACCUCGCAGAGGCCACGAAGACGGCUGCGUUUGUGGGAGGAGCCAGGAUGCUGCUGCCCGAGGGAAUCCGCAGAGAAAACUGUAAGAUGUACGAAGAAGUGGAGAUCCCACCCAAUGAGCCCAUGCCUGUUGGGUUUGAAGAAAAGCCCGUCUACAUCUCUGAAAUAGACGAGAUUGGGCAGCUGGUGUUCAAGGGCAUGAAGCGCCUGAACAGGAUUCAGUCCAUAGUGUUCGAGACGGCCUACAACACCAAUGAGAACCUCCUGAUCUGUGCUCCAACCGGUGCUGGCAAGACCAACAUCGCCAUGCUGACAGUUCUCCAUGAAAUCCGUCAGCACUUGCAGCCCGGUGGCGUCAUUAAGAAAGAUGAAUUCAAGAUCGUAUAUGUGGCUCCCAUGAAAGCCUUGGCGGCUGAGAUGACGAACUACUUUGGUAAGCGGCUGGAGCCACUGGGCAUCACUGUGAAAGAACUCACUGGAGACAUGCAGCUUACCAAAGGAGAGAUCCUUCGAACACAGAUGUUGGUGACGACUCCGGAGAAGUGGGACGUUGUGACCAGGAAGAGUGUUGGCGAUGUGGCUCUGUCACAGAUUGUGCGGCUCCUCAUCUUGGAUGAAGUCCAUCUAUUGCAUGAAGAUCGAGGCCCGGUUCUUGAGAGUCUGGUGGCCCGGACCAUCAGACAGGUGGAGUCCACCCAGAGCAUGAUCAGGAUUCUGGGACUGUCUGCUACCCUGCCUAACUAUCUGGAUGUGGCCACCUUCCUACAUGUCAACCCAUAUAUUGGUCUCUUCUUCUUCGACGGACGCUUCAGACCAGUGCCUCUGGGACAGACCUUUGUUGGCAUCAAAACCAACAACAAGAUCCAGCAGAUCCAUGACAUGGAGGAGGUUUGUUAUGACAAAGUUCUGGAACAGGUGAAGGCAGGUCACCAGGUGAUGGUGUUUGUCCAUGCUCGUAAUGCCACAGUGAGGACGGCCAUGGGGCUCAUCGAGAUGGCGAAGAACCGUGGAGAGAUUUGUUUCUUUCAACCAGACCAAGGGUCAGACUACGGCCAGUGUGAGAAACAGAUCCAGCGCUCCAGGAACAAGCAGAUGAAAGAAAUGUUUCCUGAAGGUUUUGGCAUCCACCACGCUGGCAUGCUGCGCUCUGACCGCAGCCUGAUGGAGAGCAUGUUCUCCAGAGGCCACCUCAAGGUCCUGGUCUGUACCGCCACCUUGGCCUGGGGAGUGAACCUGCCGGCUCACGCUGUCAUCAUCAAGGGUACCCAAAUUUACGAUGCCAAGCGCGGCGCCGUGGUGGAUCUGGGCAUCCUGGACGUCAUGCAGAUUUUUGGAAGAGCAGGUCGUCCACAGUUUGAUAAGUAUGGUGAGGGAACCAUCAUCACCACCCACGACAAGCUGAGCCAUUACCUGACCCUGCUCACCCAGCAGAACGCCAUAGAGAGUCGGUUCCUGGACAGCCUGGCCAAUAACCUCAACGCUGAGAUUGCUCUGGGAACGGUCACCAACGUGGAGGAGGCUGUGAAGUGGCUCAGCUACACCUACCUUUAUGUUCGCAUGAGGGCCAACCCGCUGGCGUACGGCAUCAACCACAAAGCCUCUCAGAUGGAUCCAGCUUUGGAGCUGUACAGGAAGGAUCUGGUGGUGGAGUCGGGCAGGAAGCUGGAUAAGGCCAGGAUGAUCCGCUUCGACGAGCGCACCGGCUACUUCGCUUCCACAGACCUGGGCAGGACUGCGAGCCACUUCUACAUCAAGUAUAACACCAUAGAGACGUUCAAUGAGCAUUUCAACCCUCAGGGAACAGAAGCCGACAUCCUCCGCAUCGUCUCCAAAGCUGAGGAGUUUGAACAACUCAAGGUUCGAGAGGAGGAGAUGGAGGAGCUGGAGCAGAUGCUGUGUAACUACUGUCAGCUUCCAGCUGCAGGAGGUGUGGAGAACGGCUACGGCAAGGUCAACAUCCUGCUGCAGACGUACAUCGGCCGAGGAGAAGUGGACAGCUUCUCGCUCAUCUCGGACCUGUCCUAUGUUGCACAGAACGCCGCUCGGAUCGUGAGGGCCUUGUUUGAGAUCGCUUUGAGGAAGCGCUGGCCGCUUAUGACCCGUCGACUGCUCACCCUGUGCAAGGUGAUCGACAAGCGGCUGUGGGACUCUGCCCACCCCCUCCGGCAGUUCCCCAACCUGAGCCCUGUCGUGCUGAACCGCUUGGAGGAGAAGAAGCUGACUGUGGACAAACUGAAGGAGAUGAGGAAGGAUGACAUUGGUCACAUGCUGCACCACGUCAACAUCGGGUUAACGGUCAAACAGUGUGUCCACCAGAUCCCCUCGAUCUCAAUGGAGGCCACCAUCCAGCCAAUCACACGCACCGUGCUGCGUGUUCGUCUCAUCGUCACGCCUGAUUUUCGCUGGAAUGACCAGGUCCAUGGAUCAGUGGGUGAGCCCUGGUGGUUGUGGGUGGAAGAUGCCAUGAAUGAUCACAUCUACCACUCUGAGUACUUCCUGCUGCAGAAGAAACAGGUGGUGUCAGGAGAGCCUCAGCACAUCGUGUUCACCAUUCCCAUCUUUGAGCCGUUGCCCUCACAGUACUACAUCAGGGCCGUCUCUGACCGAUGGCUCGGUGCUGAAGCUGUCUGCAUUAUCAACUUCCAGGACCUGAUCUUACCAGAGCGACACCCCCCACACACUGAGCUACUAGACCUCCAGCCGUUGCCAGUGGCUGCUCUGGGUAACCGAGAGUACGAGAGCCUUUACAAGUUCACUCACUUCAACCCCAUCCAGACCCAAAUCUUCCACACACUGUACCACACCGACACCAACGUGUUGCUGGGAGCGCCGACGGGCUCUGGAAAAACCAUCGCAGCAGAGAUGGCCAUGUUCCGGGUCUUCAACAAGUAUCCGUCAUCCAAGGUCGUGUAUAUUGCCCCUUUGAAGGCCCUGGUGAGGGAGCGCAUUGAGGACUGGAAGGUCAGGAUUGAAGAGAAACUUGGAAAAAACGUGGUGGAGCUGACCGGGGACGUGACUCCAGACAUGAGAGCCAUAGCAAAAGCUGACCUGAUCGUCACCACGCCCGAAAAGUGGGAUGGAGUCAGCAGGAGUUGGCAGAAUCGAAGCUACGUCCAGAAAGUAGCUAUUCUCAUUAUCGAUGAGAUCCACCUGCUGGGUGAGGACAGAGGUCCGGUCCUCGAGGUCAUUGUGUCCAGGACCAACUUCAUCUCGUCUCACACUUCCAAGAGUGUUCGAGUAGUUGGGCUGUCCACGGCUCUGGCCAACGCUCGAGACCUGGCUGACUGGUUGGGCAUCGGACAGGUGGGUUUGUUUAACUUCCGUCCGUCUGUGCGCCCGGUCCCACUUGAAGUUCACAUCCACGGUUUUCCAGGACAGCACUACUGCCCCCGCAUGGCCAGCAUGAACAAGCCCACCUUCCAAGCGAUACGCGCUCACUCUCCAGCCAAGCCUGUGCUCAUUUUUGUGUCAUCACGAAGGCAAACUCGCCUGACCGCCCUGGACCUCAUCGCCUACCUGGCUACAGAGGACAACCCCAAACAGUGGCUGCACCAGGAUGAGAGAGAG